GGGAGGUGGAAGAGGAGGAGGAGGAGGAGCGAAAGUCUGAGGUAUAUAUAAAGGCUGACGCGCAAUGCCUGUCAUCAUCAAACGAACGCCAUGUCUCUCCAGAUUACCCUCGUCGUCGUCGCCUGCGGGAUCGCCUUGGCCUCUGCCGAGCUGCCACCAGCCUACGGUGCCCCUCCCGCCUACGCGCCUCCUGCACCAAGAUACUCUGCCCCCGUCUCCUACAAGGAACCAGCAUAUCCUGACGAACCCCCCAAGUACACCUUCAACUACGGCGUCGCCGACGACUACUCCGGCGCCAACUUCGGCCACAGCGAGUCCCGCGACGGCUACAACACCCAGGGCAGCUACACCGUCAACCUCCCCGACGGACGCAUCCAGACCGUCACUUACUACGACAAUGGCGACGGCCUCGUCGCCGAGGUGACUUACAAGGGAGAGGCCCAGUACCCAGAUACCCCUGCCUACGGCCCAUCCCCCUCCUAUCAACCCGCCCCAAGGUACCACGCCCCCGCUCCGACAUACGCGUAAAGCAAAUCGAUGACCCGCCGAAUUUUCCUGUCCUUCUGUUCCAGGCCCUCGUCUCUAUUUAUCUUGUGAAUAUGACACCUGUGAGCGUGCUAUUAAAGCUAUAUUUUGUGUAAAA